AUGGCGGAUUCCUAUCGUCAACCGACCUCCGGUGACCGUAAUGGCACGGAUGGUGUUACUAAGCGUGCGAAGAAGUCGAAGAAGAUCGAUGCGGAUGAGGAGGGUUUGGAGUCACGCAUGCUGUUCAUACCGGAAAGGAACCUCACGGCCCGUUUGGAUCACGUGGGAGGAAUCGAAUCGAUUCGUGCAGAUAUAAACGAUCUGGUGGUGCGACCGCUCAAGUUUCCUCACGUUUACCGUUUCUUGGGAGUUCAGCCUACCAAGGGCAUCCUGUUGCACGGACCACCUGGAUCUGGCAAGUCCAAGCUUGCCGAAGCUAUCGCAGGAGAGGCUGGCUGUGCGUUCUUCCGAGUUGCCGCCACGGAGCUGGUGACUGGCAUGUCCGGGGAGUCGGAGAGUCGGUUGCGCGACUUGUUUGAGCAGGCUAAACGUGCCGCCCCGAGUAUCAUCUUCAUAGACGAAAUCGACGCCGUGACACCGAAACGAGAGAACAGUUCGCGAGAGUUGGAGAAACGCAUCGUAGCCCAGCUGGGCAUAUGCAUGGACUCUCUGGCCGACCACUUCGUCAUCGUUAUUGGUGCCACUAACCGCCAGGAGUGUCUCGAUCCUAUGAUUCGACGUAACGGUCGAUUUGAUCGUGAGAUUAGCAUGGGUAUCCCGGAUACCGAUGCACGCUUCAGCAUUUUGCGAGCGGUUUCUAUGGGGAUGCGUCUGGGUGACGAUGUCGACUUCGAUGAGAUAGCGGCAAUGACUCCAGGCUUCGUUGGAGCCGAUCUCCAGGCUGUAACGCGUGAAGCUGCAGCAUGUGCAAUCACGCGUAUAUUCGCGGAGAGAGGACAAAUAGUAGGCGAGAUUGAUCCGGAUUCGGCCGAAAUGGAAUCCGCUUUCGUUACGCAGCAGGACUUCAGGGCGGCAGUUGGCCGCGUCCAGCCCAGCGCACAACGUGAAGGUUUCGCCACAAUCCCCGACGUGACAUGGGACAAUGUGGGCGCGUUGUCGCAUCUGCGGAAGGAGAUGGAGGACCACAUUGUGUUUCCCAUUACCUUCAAAAACCUCUAUCGCACUUUUGGGGUGGCAGUGCCCGCCGGAAUUUUGCUAUACGGGCCGCCAGGUUGUGGAAAGACGCUGCUGGCGAAGGCAGUGGCCAACGGCAGCAAGGCUAAUUUCAUAUCAGUGAAAGGUCCCGAACUUUUGAACAAAUACGUGGGCGAGAGCGAACGUGCUGUACGCCUUAUAUUUCAGCGCGCCGCUGUGAGCGCACCGUGUGUUGUAUUCUUCGACGAGGUGGACUCGCUGUGUCCAGUGCGCAACAGCGAGUCCAACCAGACCACUGAGCGCGUGGUCAAUCAGCUGUUGACGGAGAUGGACGGCAUCCAGAAUCGGCGUGAGGUAUACGUAUUGGCCGCGACAAACAGACCGGACAUCAUCGACCCAGCGAUGCUGCGACCUGGUCGUCUGGAGCGCCAGAUGUAUGUGCCCUUGCCUGAUGCACCCGGGCGUGUGGACAUUCUGCAGAAGCUCACGGCGGGAAUUCCCGUUUCUGCGGAUGUGGACUUUCAAGCUCUAUCAUUGCAAACUAACGGGUACAGUGGCGCUGACCUGGCGUGUUUGGUGCGCGAAGCCGGUAUAGCGGCAGUCGAGAAGUAUCGGGCAGAGUUCAUGAAUGCGAGCGCUGGAGGAGUGUCCAUGCGCUCAGUUGCAGCGCCAAGCGGUGCCUGCGUCACCGCGCACGACUUUGCCGUGGCGCUGUCCAAGGUGACACCCUCAGUGACUCAGCAGCAGAUCGACUUCUAUGAGCGCUUCCGCCACAGGCAAUUCGCCGGUCAGACAUUAAAUUAA